AUGGCCACCGACACCGCCCGCGCGCCGCCCGACUCGCCGCCGCCGCCCGGGUCGCCCAAGAAGCGCAAACGCAGCCGCAAGGCCGACGGCGACCGCAAGUUCGACUGCCAGCACGCCGGCUGCGGCAAGUCGUACUCGCGCGCCGAGCAUCUGUACCGCCACCAGCUGAACCACAACCCAAAGCACAUCUAUCGCUGCGCAUUCCCCAGCUGCACGCGCGCAUUCGUGCGCCAGGACCUGUGCAUCCGCCAUCAGGAGCGCCAUAACACACACGGCUCGCAGCUGCAGAAGCGCGACAGCUUCGUUGCGCACUCCGCGGCGGCGGCUGGUGGUGGUGGUGGUGGUGGUGGUGCGGCUGUGAGCACGGCUGGCCCGCCGUCCCCCCAGUGCUCGCCGGCCACGGCCACCCCGCCCGCGCCCACACCCACGGCCACGCCUGCGACCGCCCCUGAGCCCGCGCCCGCCGCGCCGCCCAACGCCCCUAACGGCGCCGCCUUCGCCCCCCCGCCGCCACCCCCCGACCCCGCGCACUACGAGCGGCCGCCGGCGUUCAACCUCUUCGCGCCCGCCUUCACGCCCGUAGGCUUCUCGCCGCCCGACCUGCCCGCCCCGUCGCCCGCGCGCACCGCCCCCAGCAGCCACGCCGCGCCGCCGCCGCCCGACUACGCGCUGUCCGCCGGGCUGGCCGCCAGCCUGCCCGACCUCGACGCCAUGGCGGCGUACGCGCUGCCCAUCUUCGGCGGCGAGACGCUCGACCGCUCGCCGUUCGCCAUGACCGACGACUUCACGGCCUGGCUGUUCAGCGAGCCGCACGCCUCGUCGCUGUGCUAUGCUGCGGUGCCCGCUGUGCCCGCCGUGCUGGCCGCCGGCCCCGACCCCUUUGCGCCCGCGCCGCCCCCGCCGGGCUACGGCUUCGCGCCCGACCCAGCCUGCACCGACGGCUACACCACCGCCCUACACCCGCUGCAGCAACUGCAGCAGCAACAACAACAAUCACAGCCGCCACCACCACCACCACCGCAGCAGCAACUGCACCCCAUGAGCGUCACCAGCCUGCUGGACACCGUCCCGCCGGAGUCCCUGAUCUCGCCGCACAAACGCAGCGAGCUGGUGGAGCUGAUCCAGGCCAACUUCACGGACCAGGCGGCGGGGCCACGGCAGCCGGACGUGCUGCGCGACGGCGGCGGCGGCGGCGGCGUGGACACGGACUCGCACGUCCUCAGCCUGCGCAUGAUGCAGGUGUACUUGGAGUCGUACUGGUACCACUGCCACGACCAGCUGCCGAUCCUGCACCGGCCGACAUUCCAGCCAGACGCGGCGCCGGCGCUGCUGCUGCUGACGCUGAUGGCGCUGGGCGCGGCGACGCUGGAGCACGAGCAGUACGGCGCGGCGGCGGCGGACGCGGCGGCGGACCUGGCGCACUUCGUGGCAUGGCACCUGCGCUGGGAGCUGUUCCGCCACGCCGACUUCCGCCCGCCGGCGCGGCUGUGGGUGUUCCAGGCGCUGCUGCUGCUGGAGACGUACGAGAAGAUGUUCGCCACGCGCGCGCUGCACGAGCGCGCCCACAUCCACCACGACACCACGCUGACGCUGAUGCGCCGCGGCAGCUCGCUGAUCGGCCGCGCCGCGCUCGACUCGCCGCCGCCGGUACCAUCGUCGUCGUCCUCGUCGGCACCAGCAGCAGCAGCAGCCACAGCACCCGCCGCCGCCGUCGACCGUGGCGACGAGGCAUGGGCGCGCUGGGUCAAGGCUGAGGCCACACGCCGUGCGGCGUUCGCAGCGUUCGUGCUGGACACCAUCCACGCGACGAUGUUCGGGCACUCGGCCAAGAUGAUCGCGCACGAGCUGCGGCUGCCGCUGCCGUGCGAUGAGGGCCUGUGGGCGGCGGCGUCGGCGGCGGGCGUGGCGCGCGUGCAGGCGGCGCUGGCGACCCGCGGCCGGCUGGCGCCGCCCAUGUUCCUGGACGGGCUCAAGAAGACGCUCAACGGCCAGCCGGUGCGCACCAACUCGUUCGGCCGCACCAUCAUCAUGUCCGGCCUGCUCAGCGUCAGCUGGCACAUGAACCAGCGCGACCUGCAGGUCACGUCGCUGGGCGUGACCACCGCCGGCGACAAGUGGCGUGCCGCGCUGCUGCGCGCCUUCGACCACUGGCGCCGCGAUUUCGAUGAUGAUGAUGAUGAUGACGACCCGGACGAUGGCGACGACAGCACAGGCGGCAGCGGCGGCGGCGGAGGGCGGCCGUCGUACCCGCCCGCCGUGGAUGUGUUCUUCGAGGCGCGCACCGUGCUGCACCACCUGGCGCACAUGGCGGCGCACGUCGACAUCGUCGACUGCCAGAUCUUCGCGGGCGCGCGGCGGCUGCUGGGCCGCUCGAUCACGCCGCGCGACUACAGCGCCGCGCGGGCUCGCAUGACGGAGCGCUGGGCCACGCGGCCGCUGGCGCGCGACGCGGCGUUCUACGCUCUCAAGUUCCUGGUGCUGGUGCUGGUGGUGCCGGCGCGGGCCACAGCAGCAGCAGCAGCAGCGGCGGCGACGACGAUGGCAGCGACAGCGACCGCGGGCGAGUACUCGGCGCGCAGCGACUUCCUGCUGCACCGGCCGUGGGUGCUGUACUUCGCGGCGCUGGUGGUGUGGUGCUACGGCUUCGCGCUGGACGGAGCGCUUCCCGCGCCGCUGCCCGACCUGCGCGCGCCCGCCGCCCAGCGCCGCGACAUGCUGGCCUUCCUCGACCGCGUGGGCGGCGUCGCCGCGCCCGCCGACCUCGAGCGGCUGCGCGACCGCAACCGCUGCCUCGGCCUGCUCAUGGUGCUGCGCGACACCUUCGAGGGCACGCGCUGGGAGCUGCUGCAGGAGGCGGCCGCGCUGCUCGGGAGCUGCAUCGCGAAGCUGAGCGGCGUGCCGGCGGCCGCCUGA